AUGUCGCGAGCCCUUCCUUUAAUGAUUGGAGGUCACAGUAUGAAUUCUGAAAUUGUGGCCUAUUUGGCAGGAACCUUUGUCGUUCUUUACAACAUUAAGAGGAGUAAGCAAGUGAAAUAUUUAGAGCACCCAACAUCGAACAAACCCUUCAGUUGCAUUGCAUUUUCAAAGGAUGGUCAAUAUUUAGCAGCCGGUGAGAGAGGCCCCAAACCAUCCAUUGCUGUUUGGGAUUUGCAUCAAAUAUUUUCUCCUUCUAUUAACAACAAGGAGAACAACAAUAAUGACACGAAUGUGACAUUAGAAAAACCAAAAAUCACUUUUGAUGUGAAGAAUCCUCUCAAGAACAAACAACAUUAUAUCAUUCAAACUGCCAUUCCAACUCUACAUCUCUACUGUACAGUAGCUGUACCAAAACAUAUCGUGAUGGACCUUGAUCGAUUAACGCAAAGCGAAUCAGCAUCCUCUUCCACAUCAUCAUCAUCAUCAUCACCGAAUAACAACACCAUUGGCUUUUCUUCUCCCAAAACCAAAGAAACUGACUCUCCCUCGGAGUUGAACCAAUACGCAAAACAAAAGCUAAACGAAUUGUACUUGUAUUGGAUCGGUCAGAAGGAAUCACAAAACUUAAUGUAUCAAUAUACCGAGUCAUUCAGCAAUGCAAUACUUUCCUCACCACCACCACCCCUUGAAAAUCAUAAUGCAAGUAUUAGGGAUGAAUUAAGUGUUUCACCGAGUUCAUCUCCAACCACUAAUGGCCGUACCAUUGAGCGGAACACUAAUUCCACUCCGAAUCACACAAUCAUUGGUGGCUACGAACAACAUUCCCUAAGAAGGAAUCCCAUCAUGCACAUGAGCAUGGAGGAGUUGGCACAUCAUCCUUCAAGCAUUUCACUGUCCGAUAUGAAAUCACCUUCAUCAUCUUCUCACAAUGCUGAACUGCUUUCCUCCCAGAGACAAAAUCUCAAUUCCAGUCUCCAUGAUCGACACUUGUCAUUGUUGACAGGAGAUCGAGUAUCUCUCAAAAGCAACCCAAUCCACUCCCCUCCUCAUCCUCAGCACCAACAACAACGAUCACCACACUCUCCCAAAAUAUUCUCCUCCUCACCUAGAUCCUCACCGACAUCAUCCCCAUCUUCCUCAAAAUCUUCAUCCGCUCAAGUACUUGUGGAUGAAGUGGACUUUUCAGUCUCUUCCAUUCAACACAAGCUUUCCACACAUGAAAAUCACCACCAUCACUCUACACAUCCUCAUCCUGCUUCCCCAACUUUGAAUAAUGCUGAACCAUUUACUACCACGCUUCAUGAUCCUUACGGAAAUGUUGUGUCAAUCUCGAACUCACUCCAACAUAUUACUCCUCACUCAUACCAUCCAACGUCAGCUGUCUCUUCAGCAUCCACUUCCUGUUCAACACCUCCAAAAUCACCUCUUCAGUCACCAACAAGAUCUCAAAAAUCAGCUUGCCAUUUAGAAAUGGAACCUCUUCUCCAAUCUUCUACUACACGCAGAAGGCUUAAUUUUUCUGAUGAGCUCGAGUUAGGAAACUCAGACCCAAGCACUCAUAAAACCGGUCUCCUUCAAAGAAAACUUCAGGAAUUACAAAAUGUUGCCAGUAAUUAUGAAAGUCAAAAAAAGAAGAUGAAAAUGUCGGUGGACGAAGCUUCUUUUUCUCAAAUUCCAAGAUUUUACUUCCCCAAUGAAAAGUCACAAACUAGUGAAAAGAUGAAACAGGACAUUUACAAGAUUAAGAAUUUCUUUUUAGGCUAUCCUUCAGGUGUUGCCAUAGAACAGUUUGGAAAGAUUGUGACUGACAUUUGUGAAAUGCCGUCGUUUUUCAAAAGCCAUAUUUUCAUGAGAAUUGACGAGCUUGGAACUGGCUCAAUAACGUGUGAAAUGUUUGAGGAUUACUAUAGAAAGCAUUUACAAUUUGACAAUGAAAGUUACAGAUACUUUAAUGUCAUCAAACAACAGAAAAAUGAUUUCAUAGUCCCUCAAGAUUUCGAGAUUAUCAUGAGAGAACUAUUGACAGUUCAUCCAGGAUUGAGAUUUUUAGAAUCAACCCCUGAAUUUCAAGACAAGUACAUGGAAACAGUCAUUAUUCGUAUUUUCUAUACGCUAAAUAGAUCCGUGAAUGGAAGAAUUUCAUUGAGGGAGCUCAAGAAUAGCCCUCUUGUUGAUGUUUUCAAACUAUUGGAUCGAGAGCAAGAUACCAACAACGAAAUUAACUUUUUUGCAUAUGAACAUUUCUAUGUCCUCUAUUGUAAAUUUUGGGAAUUGGACACGGAUAGAGAUGGAAUGCUGUCAAAAGAAGACCUUAUGGCUUAUGGCGAUGGUUGCCUUACAGAGUUUAUUGUUGAUCGCAUCAUGGGAGGCAAUGGUAAAAAGCUUACCGGAAAAUUUCCUGGCAUGAUGUCGUACGAAGACUUUAUUUGGUUUUGUCUUUCAGAAGAAGACAAGACCACUCCUGUUGCACAAGAAUACUGGUUCAGGUGUGUAGACAUUGAUGGUGACGGAGUACUAAGUCUUUACGAGCUGGAGCAAGUAUUUGCAGAACAGAAGGAAAGAAUCAAACAGUACGAUCCGGAAAUUUCGUUUGGAGAUGUUCAUUGCCAAAUUAUUGACAUGUUAAAGCCGAAAAAUCGAGACGCCAUCACUCUUUCCGAUAUUAAGAAAUCUAAAAUGUCUCCCGUAUUCUUUAACAUAUUGUUCAACUUAACCAAGUUCUUUGUGGUAGAACAAAAAGGGACUUUAGGAUCUAAUGGAACCAAUAUAUGGGCUCAGUAUGCAAAAGAAGAAUAUCAGAGAUUGAUUUCCGAAGAUGAGGAGGAGCAACCAGUGGACAUGGUUGACGAAGAAGACGAAAUGGAUAAGGACGAUCUUGUUGACGAAAAAGAGGCCUGGGAAAUGUAG